UCCCCUUCUCAAUCCAGACUUCACUCUCCGAGCACCGUCAGAAGCAGAAACUACAGGCGCACAUACAGCAGCAGUGGAGUCAGCAGACGACUGGGUGGUGGUGCUGGGCAAGCGGCCAGGAGCAGGCACAGCACAGGAGCUAGCAGACCUCCAUCUAGCCCUUGUCGAGACCUUCGGCGCGCGCCGCCUGCGCACCGUAGGGGGCUCAGCCGCCCUAGAUCUGGUAACAGUGAAGCGCACGUUCAAUCGCGCGCGCGUGUUUGUAGCCCCGCACGCCCCUCUGCUGAAUCAUAUGGUGUUCAUGCCGCCACGCGCUGUUGUACUGGAGCUACGGCCACAGGGGGCGGAUGGGAGCGAGCAUGCUGUUUUCCAUAGGUUGGCGGAUGCGUGUGGGUUGGAUUAUCACUUGUUGCUGUGUGAGGGGGAGGUGCCUUGGAGAAUGGGGCUGGGGAAUAUGAGCAGGAUUGUGGAGGUGUUGAGAGGGAUAGUAGAAAGCUUUGGAGAAAGGGAUGCUGUAAGAUAGUGGAUGGGGUGAAAUCUAAGUACUGAUGGCCCUGCCUAUCCAGACGUACUUGUUAGAAUACGUGAAUGAUUACUAGAAGGAGAAAC